AUGGUGCUCAUGUGCACAUUCUGCGCCCUCUUGACCACCUCCAAGUCCUUCCUGCUACCCAUCCUGGCCGUCACUCUGCUCCUGGCUGGGGCACGGCAGUUUGUCCUCAAAUUGUUCAACAAUUAUGUCAACACCUCACUCAGGAAGGACCUCAACAACAUCAGUGAAGCAUACAUGAAGCAGAAGGACUCGUGCUUUUGGGUGGCUGAAAUUGACGGCCUGGUGGUCGGCAUGGUGGCUUGCCUCCCUUCUGGGAGUGCACCUGAGUGCAUGGAGCUAAAACGCAUGUCUGUACGCCACAGUCACCGCAGGAUGGGCAUCGCUAAGGUUCUGUGUCAGACAGUAGCUGAUUUUGCUCGUGACAGAGGUUACUUAGCAGUCAUCCUCUGCACCUCUGUGGUGCAGACAGCUGCUCAGAAGCUGUAUGAGGGCAUGGGCUAUGUGAAGAUAGGAGAGUUUAUUCGUCCUGUGUUUUAUCGCAAAAUCAUGAACUUAAUUACCUUUCAGUACAGGCUGGAUUUACAAGCAGACACCAAAUAG